ACAUGGCACCGAGUUGUUUACAAAUGGCGACUGCGCAAGAUUAAAUCGACGACUUUGAAAAAAUCGCCUCACUUGCGUCUUAAAUCGUAUAAUUCUUUUGGAAUGGGUCCAUUUAACGGACUCAUAGAUAUGCCAGGAAAAGGUCUGAAGAAAUUCUGUUCUAUUUGAAGAUGGGUGAGCUAAUGCCAACUGACAGGGGCGAGGUCCUUAAGCAUGUGUUUAACCAGUAUGACCGCCAUCGAAGAGGUGAAUUAUCUGCUCUUGAGUUGCAGUCCCUACACGGAGAUAUACGCAUGGGUGGAAUCAGUUACCCACAAGUAUUGGCUAGUAUGAAGUAUGUGUGCGCAAACCCAGACGUCUGCACCUUGGAGGAGCUUCAUGAUGUGCUACAGGAGAUGGAUCGGCGCUACUUCCUGGUGCAGGACCUGCGCUGGGAAUUCUCGCUGCUCGACCGAGAACAGAGGGACAUGAUCAAUGAACACCAGGCCAUGUGGAUGGUUCAGGCGAUGCAUGGUAAGAACUUCUCACGUCGCAAGUGGGCGGCCUUUCUGAAGAAUCGCGCCAUACCGGGGACACUAGUGGCAUUUGCAGAGAUUGAAGUCCUCCUUUGUAAUGUAAAGUCGAGUCUAGACGUGCUUCAAGACAAUGAAGAAGAAGAACGGGACAGACAAGCGGAGCUGGAGCGUAAGAGAUUACGUGAAGAGGAGGAGAGAAAGGAGAGGGAGCGCAUCAACAGACUACGAGACGAGGAACGACACAGGAAAGAGGAGGAGAAGCAGAAACAUGAGGAGGAGGCAAGAAGGAAGAUGAUGGAUGAGGAGGGUGAACGUAGAAGAAAGCAACAAGAACUGGAGGAAGAGGAAAGGAGAAAGGAAGAGCAGCGUCUUCGAGAGCUGGAGGAAAGGAAUCGGGAGGAGGAAGAACGAAGGCGGCGGGAGGAACAGGAGAAGUAUAAGGACGCUGAGAAAGUCGUAUCGGACACGGAGGAAGAAGAGAAGAGCCUUCUGGAGCAGCUACGCAUCGUGCGUGAGAAACUCAAGGUGGAGACGGACGAACACAAGAGACGACAACUGGAGGAGGAGGAGCAGAGACUACUCAGGCUACUAUAUGAUCUACGCCACAAGCGUAUUCGCUACAGUCUGAAGGUGGCCAUCAAGGAACGAGACAGGUAUAAGCUGCAGUACUCUAUCAAUGAGUUCAAGACAGAGAAAGUGGAGGACGUAGAUAUGGACCUGGAGAAAGCAGAACGUCUGCUCAGAGAGAUCACCUCUAGAGAUAACCUGAGGAAGGCCGUGUCCAGACGAGAGAUCGAGGAACUGGAAAAGGCCAUCAAUGUGAUCAAGAAGAACGGACUGGAGGUCCAACUGGCCAGGGAACUCAUCGAGGCGAACACCAUCCUCACACGUCUACGCAAGAUUCAGAGAAUCAGAUCGGAGAUUCUGGAGCUGAAACAGUCGACCGUUGCCGAGAUACGUAGCUACCAGAACCCUCCGCCUGUGGUGCACACUGUCAUGACAGCCUGCUUCCUUAUACUGGGGCACAAAGAAAAGGAAACUAAGGACUGGAAGACCGUGCAAGCGCUCGUGGGUAAAACGGGCAAAGAAGGUCUAAAACGUCGCUGCCUGGAGUGCGAUGCAAGCAAGAUAUCGAUGGAGAGCGCGAGGCGAGCGAAAGAGCUGCUUGACAAACACGAGCUUGACGAGGUCCGUGAUGUAUCUGCUGGAGCAGCAACGUUCUAUGUUUUCUCAGUUGCUAUGGUAGAGGAGGUGUUUGACUUGGCAGAGAGAGGACCUAUCCCUGACGACGAUGAUGACCCCAACGCGCCCUCGGACCCAAAGGUCAAGGCCAAGGGACCCCAGAGGAUUGACCCCACCAAGAUGAUCCUUAAUCGAGGUCGUCAGGUGGUGACAACUACCUCAACCAGUACAACCGUGGUUAAAUCACGAACCAAGACCCCCACUCGCAAGAGUUAAUAGUGUUCAACAGUAUUAUACACUAUAAAAAGGGAAAUCAAUCAAAAUUAUUUUGUAUAGAUAUUUAUAUACCUUCACAGAUAUAGAGUAUCAUAAUUGUAUUUUCUCUCAAAAACACUGAAUAUUAAAGUAUGAUAUUCAAGUCAAAAUUUGUAUUGGUUUUGAUUUUUUUUCUUUUAUAUUCAUAGUACCGGUAACUGCUAAAAUUAAUAUUUUUUAAAUACAUUUUUAUGUCACAACACUAGACAAUCAAUAAAUAGCAGUUUGAAUUUUUUCAAAAGCGUUUGCGUUUGCAUCAUGGCCCAUGUGUAACAUUCUUCUUGUGUGGAGACCAUAUUGUAAGAGAUUCGUAAGACUCAAUGAAACGUCACAGAUAUGAUCCUUGAGUGGCCCACUAUCAAAGUUGUUCAAUUGUUUUUGGUACAUUUGUGCAGGUCACUUGAGCUCAACAUAUAUUUUAAAUACAGCAUAUUUGUAUAGACUUGUAUAGUAAAUAACUUCUUCUCCAAAGCAAGAGUUUUAAUAUUUGAUUUGUGACAUUGUUAAGUGGUCCUUUACAAAGUUUGUUAAGAUCAUGCAACUGUGGUAAAUAACAUUGUCUUGAUUGAAACUGCUAUAAUCAGGGUGUUGUAGCAAAGUACAGUUGUCAUCUACAAAUUUUGUUAAAAUCAUUCCACUGGGGUCACAACUGGCAUUACCAAAGUGGUAACCUGAUUCGUAUAGACUGUUGGCCCUCUUGUUUUUAUUUAAAGAAACCAAAUUAUAUAUUUCUUUAUUACAUGUAUGUUUGAAAUAAUAAUGUACCAGGAUUUGUUAAUAUUUGAAGAUGCACAUUGUUUUAGUGUUUUUCUUUGAAUUCUUCAGAUUGAGACUGUUGAGUUAUAUCAAUAAUUGUAAAUCAAAAUUUGUGGUGUGUUGAUGUUAUUAAAUUAUUAUUAUUGUUAUGCAUUUAUUAACAUUUUCAAAAUUGGAAAGAUAUAGCAAGUGUUAUGUUGAUGUAAUAAGAUUUGUAUUGUUUGCAUUUACUAUCUUUUUUCUUUGUUUUCCUUUAUAUUUUAUAUAUGAAUAAGUAGGGAUUUUUACAGUAAAUGGUGAAAGAUAGAUUUAUAUGAUAUAUAUAUAUAUAAUUAAUAUUUGUCUACUAACAGUAAUUUUUUCAGUGAUAAUGCUAAGCUAUCUGAUUUUCUAUAGGCUGAUAUUACACUCUUCAAAGUCUCCCAUGAAUUGCCUGUUGUACAACAAUUAAGCUGUUUUCAAAAUAACUUCCAAAAUUAGGGAUGUCUAGUGUAUUUAUUUCUAUAUCUAGAAUAUUUCUUACAGAAAGCAAACAGCGCAGACCCAGAUGAGAUGCCGCAUCAUGCAGCGUCUCAUCUGGGUCUACACUGUUUGCCAAGGCCUUUUUUCUCGACGCUAGGCAUAAAUGGGUUAAUACAUGUGCGUAAAGUGUUGUCGCAGGUUAUCAUGUGGGUUUGCAAAGGCUAAUCAGGGAUACAACUGCACGUUUUUAUUGUAUUUUUUCGUUUAAAGGAAGUCCCUUCUCAACAAAAAUCCAGUUUAAGCUGAAAAUGUUGUCCCUAAUUAGUAUGUUUGGACUGCACUGGAUAAUCUGGGGCUACACUUUACAAACAUGCAUUAAGCCCCGUUGUCCCAGAGCAUGGCUCACCCAUGUUGCUUUACAAUGUAUUCAUUUAUGAAAUCUAUAUAACUUGUUCAAAACUAAUAGAAAUCCUAUGUAAUGUUAUACAAAUGCUGUGGCAUUUAUUGUUUUCUGGUGAAAUUGUUGUUAGCCUGCUGGCAGGAUUUCUUUUCUGACAAAUAUUUAUCAUUUGAUAUAUGUUUGCUGUAUUCACAGACUCUAGAUGAGAUAUACGCUCCGUGCUGUAUUGUAAGAUGUUUACUGUAUAUUUAUCGUCUUAUUUGUUUUUUUUGUGCAGGUAGUAGUUUUGAGCUGGGCUGUUUUCGAAGAAAACCCGAGAUAUUGUCAUAGCCAGCUCGUCGUGUCGUCUGCCGUCCGCGUCGUGCUAAAACCAUGACAUUUUGCUCUAAAAUCAAAGUGCUCCCACACACAACUUUAAAACUUUAUAUGUAGAUGCACCUUGAUGAGUUCUACACGCCACACCCAUUUUUGGGUCACUAGGUCAAAGGUCAAGGUUACUGUGACCUGUUAAAAAAAAAAAUUCUGACAAGCUUUCAUUUAUUCAAAACUGCACCCGCAGCCGAGCUUUGGCACCCGUUAUGCGGUGCUCUUGUUAUAGUAAAAUAUUCACAACUCUUCUCUGAAACUUCACAUGAUGGCAUUGAGAUGUUUUUUCCAGUGGACAUCUUCCGAUAUUUUUCACAUGACGGCCCUGGGGUAAAAUUUGAUCAUAAAAUACCUUUCCCUUUAUCCAAAGCAUUUUCUGCUUGAUAAUAUGUCAUGAACUUCUAACAAAUUUGUGGGAAAAGGAUGUAAAGAGAUGACAGCAUAAAUCUUUCAAAUAAGUACUGUUUGAUACUCGUUCUGGAUAAACUGGGCUAAAUGCAUCUGCGUGAAGUGUCGUCCCAGAUAAGGCUGUGCAGCCCGCACAGGCUAAUGAGGGACAACACUUUCUGCCUUGACUGUUUUUUGUUGAGUAGAGACCUCAUUAAAACCAUAAUCCGAAAAUUGCCGUCCCUAAUUGGCCUGGUCGGACUGGGACAAUCUUGGACAACACAGUAUGCACCAGCAUUUUACCCAUUUAUGCCUAGUGGACUUUCCCAUCCUUCUAAAUUGGAUCAAGUUAUUUCCAAAAUUAAAUGCAGCGUCUCAUUUGGGUCUACGCUGUUUGCAAUGUCCUUUUUUCAGGACGCUAGGCAUAAAUGGAUUAACCCGGUUAUCCCAAAGCGCAGCUCAUAUGCUGCUUAACCCUUUACCACUCAGAUACGUAUUUUGAUGCAUUUGUAGUCCCUUAGAAAGUUAAAUUUAAUUCAAAACCUUUUCUUACUAGAUUCAAGUUUAAAAGGUUUCAUUUCCAACCCUUAGAUACUGAUAAGCAGCAAACAGCAUAAAACUUGAACAGACUGCAAGUUACUCGCAGGCUGUUCUGGUUUUAUGAUGUUUGCACAUUUUCACUUUGUUUCUGAGUGGGAAAGGCUUAAACGCAGGUGAUUCACCAGGUGCCAUCUUGGCUCUAGUGUUUCCACGCCCCAUUUAUUCACAGUCGAUGUGUGAAUAUGUCGCAAUGUAUCUGCGCAGUUUUAUUUUUUACUUUGCUUUUUCCUUUGUAUAUUAAAUAAAAAUCUUAUACAUUA